AUGAACUCUACAAUGCUUCAAUACAGCGCCCAAGAAAAUAUGGAAGCUUUUGUCCGAAAUUUCAUCUUUGUUCUUUUUGGGAUCAUAAUUAACUCCAUCAAUGGAGUGUUUGUGUUAACAUUCUUUAGGAGUUCAAUUUUCUACAAUGAUCCAAGAUAUAUAUUAUAUAUUCACUUGGUUAUUAAUGAUAUGCUCAUGGUUUUUUUCAGUGUAACUCUUUCUGUGAUGGCUUGUGCAUGGCCGAAGGUUCCUUUCCCGUUCUGUGUCACCCUGCUAAUAAUAACUGCAACUACUCAUAAGAACACUCCUCUGACUUUGGCCGGUAUGGCCGUUGAGCGUUACAUUGCCAUCUGCAAACCACUGCAUCACCAUCAGAUCUGCACAGUGCGCAGGACCUACAUCCUCAUCUCUCUGAUUUGGGGUGUCAGUGUUUUACCUGGAUUGACUGACUUGAUUGUCAUAGUAAUUGUUUGUCCUUUAUCUGUCUUUACUACAGGUACUCUCUGUAGUUCAACAAAUGUGUAUAACACACCAUACCAUGAAGAACUGAGCAAAGUUAUGAAUGGCCUGUACUCCUCCAUUGUGCGGGUAAUUCUUGUAUUCACAUAUUGUCAAGUGCUGGUUGCGGCCAGAAGGGCCUCCGCUGAUAAAUCCUCAGCAAAAAAGGCCCAAAGCACCAUCCUGUUACAUGGAGCACAGCUUCUGCUGUCUAUGUUGUCCUACAUUACAGCUGUCAUAGACAAAGAUUUCUGCUCAACUUUUACUAGAUGA